GAGAGGCGGGACUUACGCGUAAUGUACGCUGUUCGAUUUGCUAAAUGGGGAGGUGACGUUUACGGAAGUACUCGAUCCAGUAAUUCAGUGUGAACGAGUCGAAUCCAAAAUAUGGAACAAAGUAAUGACGGGAACUUGUCGCAGGUUCGGCACGUCGUGUUGGUGCUGUCGGGGAAGGGAGGCGUGGGCAAGAGCACCAUCACCACCGAGUUGGCCCUGGCCCUCAGGCACGCUGGCAAAAAGGUCGGCAUCCUGGACGUGGACCUGUGUGGGCCCAGUAUCCCCCACAUGCUCGGCGUGGGCCGGCCUGACGUGCACCAGUGUGACUCUGGGUGGGUGCCGGUCUACGCCGACGCCCAGAAGGGCCUCGCGCUGAUGUCCAUCGGCUUCCUGCUGGAGGACCCGGAUGAAGCAGUGGUGUGGAGGGGGCCCAAAAAAACAGCGAUGAUAGCGCAGUUCGUGUCAGAUGUAGCGUGGGGAGAGCUGGACGUGCUGCUGGUGGACACGCCACCAGGGACAUCGGACGAACAUUUGGCGGUGCUGGAGAACCUUAAAAAACACAGGGUGGACGGAGCGGUCCUGGUCACCACACCUCAGGCGGUAUCCACGGGCGAUGUGAGGCGGGAGAUCACCUUUUGUAAAAAGACGGGGGUCCGGAUCCUGGGCAUCAUCGAGAACAUGAGUGGAUUUGUUUGUCCACACUGUUCAGAAUGCAGCAAUAUCUUCUCAAAAGGUGGAGGUGAAGAAUUAGCCAAGUUGACUGGAUCAACGUUCCUCGGUGCCGUGCCCCUGGACCCUCUGCUCAGCGGCGCCAUGGAGGAGGGCGCAGACUUCAUCCGCUCGUUUCCCGACAGCGCCUCGUUUGGCGCCAUCAGCACCAUCUCGCGGGCGCUGCUGUGCGACCUGGAAGGCGCGUGAGCGGCGACCCUGGUGUAUUAAGUCGCUGUGCAGAUGUAAUUUAUGCUAUACAAUUCAUCACAAUAUAAAACUAUUUACUGAUUUUGUGUACCUUUUUUAAAUAAAUGUAUCUGCCAACCGCACAAUGUGAUCUGUGUGUGCGGUUCUUGAUCAGCUCAUGUUUUUACUACAGAUUGAGACUUCUGUAAUAAAUCAUGCUGCUUGUAGAAUACUUGGAACGUGUUACUGUGAAAAUAUGAAGUACUGAACACGCGUGUGUGUUGGAAGCCAGCCCAAACGAAGUUGGAUUCUUCUUUAAUUCGAUUGUGACACAUCAGGACAACCUCACGAUCAGUCGGAAUACAGAUUGGCGCUUCAGUAAACGCGUCGGCAGCAGUUCCAAUUUCAGAAAACAACCAGAUCAAGUCAAACCGGUCUGAAUGCUACAAAGACACAAUGAAGCUUUUGUCGUGUGAACCAGAGUUCAUACUUUUGGACAAAGUAUGCACCGUGUAAAGAGUCUUUUUGAUCUGGAUAAAGUCUGCUGAAAGUAGCCUGCCCCUCCGCUUCAUAUUCAACAGCAACAAAACACUGAAACCCAUGCAGGACCCGAAUGACUGGAAUGUGGAAGAGAUCACAGAUGGGGGGGGGGGGCGGGAGGUGAAGACGAUGGAGAGGAGAUGAACUUCUGGAAAUUACACUUGUGAGACCCAACACGGGGCGCACACACACACACACACACACCUUUAAUGCAAACAGCACUACAGGAAAAACGGGGAAGUUUGAGAAUGUUUGCGUAAUGAUUAGAAUACAGCUACACACAAAACUCCCACUUCACCAGCAACAUACUAAAGGCAAUCUUAAUCAUUAAAGAAAUACAUCCAGAGGAAUUCCAACCACUUAUCACAAUUUACCCACAGUGCAUUAAAUCUAUGUAGAUAUUUAUAUGUCUGUAUAUAUAUAUAUAUAUGUAUAAUAUAUCCUGGGGAAAUAGACGUUUGCUGCAUUAAACAGUUCGAUGAACAAUUUCUUAUAAAUAAAAUGCGGACCAAAAAAAAAA